AUGCCCGAUAGGAUGGCUCAUAAUACAUUUAAUUGGGCUGGGAUGAAUCCUGAAUACGCUUAUCGAUUCUUUGAUGAUGACUUAGUAAAGGAAUAUCUCCUUACCACUGAUGCAUUACCAGUAUCAACAUCUGAUAUGAAGGAUGCUCUACAACAGCUCCCAUCCAUGUUCCAUAAUGGAGCUGGAGUUGCUAUGGCAGACAUCUGGCGUCUUGCUGUAUUAUAUGAAUAUGGUGGAGUGUAUGCCGAUGUAGAUUCGAUAAUAGUAAACCCUUUAAGACGAUGGGUAGACUCUAAUGCAACGAUCAUUACCAGUAUUGAAUCGGGAAGAUUUAUAGCACAAUAUGUGAUGAUGUUCCGUCCGAAGCAUCCUGUCACUGAAGUAGUAAACAAGGAGGCUAUACGGUUGGCUGUAAGGAAUAUCAUCAACAAAACACCAUCAUCAUUGGCUAAGUUCCCUAAUACUCUCGAGGCUUAUACUGGACCUGCUGUUGUUAAAGAGGCUUUCGAUACUGUACGAGUAUUUGAGGAUGUGGGCUUCUCUGGUAAUGUUAAAUUUAAGGAUGGUAAAUAUCAUGCCGAUCUUAAGAAAUGUAACCAAGGUCAUUGGUUAUAUGGAUGGUACAGGAGUAGUAGCAGUAAUAAGGUGAAAGGAUGA